UUUCAGUUCUAUUUUUUAUGGUUUAUUUUUUUUUGUCGAUGGUAUUUUCUCUGAAACGUGAAAUUUAACUUGAUAUAUAUCUUUAGAUAAUUUUAGAGCAAAGCAACUGUGAUUAAUUUUAUUUUCUUAGUUAAAACUUGUUAAUUAUUUUUUUCACUAGUUAUACACGAUGGCUAAAUGGGGAGAAGGAGAUCCUCGUUGGAUUGUAGAAGAGAGACCUGAUGCUACAAAUGUGAAUAAUUGGCAUUGGACUGAAAAGAAUGCCUGUCAAUGGUCAAAGGAAAAACUAAAUUCAUUACUUAUUGGAUUGGUAAUAGAAAAUGAUGUUGUCAAUUGUGAAAUACAUAAGAUUGAUACAUGUGAAGGAGAAGCUGUUGCGAAUAAUAGAAAAGGCAAAUUGAUAUUCUUUUACGAAUGGGAUUUAACAUUAUCAUGGAAAGGAUUUUUAAGUGGUGCUGAUAAACAAAUUGAAGGCACAAUUAAUAUACCUAAUUUAAGUGAAGAAAAUAGUAUAUCUGAAGUUGAGAUAAACAUCUCAUUAAAAGAAUCAUCAAAUGAAGGAAAUAUAGUGAAAGACUUUCUUUAUAAUCAAGGAAAGAGUAAAAUCAGAGAACAAUUAGAAAUAUAUGUUAAAGAUUUGAAAGAAGAAUUUGCAAAGGGUAUGAUUUUGCCCAAAAAAGAUGGAAAUGAUAAUUCUUCAAACACAAAAUUACCUAAUGAUUCUUUAAAGAAAAUUCACAAUUCUGAAAAUGGGGCUAAAAAUGAUAGAUCCAAGGCCAAAAUUGACACAACCACAGUUGUUAUGGAUGUAAUAUUCCAGUGUUCAGGAGAUGAUAUUUACAAUGUUCUUACAACACCUGAACUUGUGUCUGCGUUUACCAAUCAAGCUGUUAAGUUCCAAACAGUCAAAGGAGCAAAAUUUCAAUUAUUCGAUGGGAAUAUAGUUGGAGAGUUUCUAGAAUUAUGUCCAGGUAAAAAAAUUGUUCAAAACUGGAAAACUAAACAAUGGCCAGAUUGGUUAUAUUCAACUGUAACUGUAACUAUUAAUCAACAAGAAGAUCAUACUAAAGUCAAUGUUACUCUUGUAGGCGUUCCUAAAAGUGAUGAAGAAAUUACACGUCAGAAUUGGGAGCGAUAUUAUUUCACACCAAUUAAAAGAACUUUCGGAUAUGGCAUGCUACUAUGAGUUUGAUCAAUUUGUCAAAUGAUUAAGUUUCAUUGUGUUCUUUUUGUUCUUAAAAAAAAAGCAGUUACAUGAUAAAAAUAUGUAUUACAUAGUCCAAAUAUGACAUUAAAAAUGUCAAUAUUUUUUAUUAAUGUAAUUUCUUAUGCUUUUUCAUCAUUCUCAACUACUUUCCUCCUUUACCAAGUUUGAUGUAUAAUGUUUAUCAUUAAGGUAUUUCUACAUAUAAAUUUUUUUUUUUUGUUCA